CCUGCGUGACGAGAUGACUUCCUACAGGAAACUACGAGCACGAAAUAUGAGGGAAGACACUCAGGCUGUGACGUCCUCGGAAGAUGAACGCCAUUAUAAGUUUGUCAUUGAUGUUCACGACUUUAUGGACGUUGGAGAGAUCAGCGUGAAGGCUGUGAACGAGCGAGAGUUGGUGGUCGAAGGUCACUUGGAGAAGAAGGAAGACGGUUCCAAGUCCAGCAAGCGGUUCCUUCGGCGCUUCGUUGUUCCUGGAGACAUUGAGCUUGAGGCUGUCAUUUCAGUCAUGUCUUCUGACGGUGUGCUUAAAAUUUUGGCUCCAAAGAAGGAGGGCCAUAAUCGAAAACAUUUUUCGAUUGAUGUAGAAGACAUGGACGAUGUCGAGGCAACGGUUUCAAGGAAAUUUAGAAAUGGACAUCGUCUCGCCGAGGAAUAUUUGAAGAAGAGAGAUUCAUCUUCUGAUGACGAGGAAUUAAGAGCUUUUGCCAAACAAUCCAAUAACCAAUACCGAGUCACUUUCCAAGACGAUGACGAAGAGUUUGAAGGUGGACACGUGUUCAACAAGGAGACAAAGAUGACAAAUGACAGCAGCAAGGAUUUCAAGUAUAACAUUCCAAGCCUUUCUAUGGAAACCAGGGUUUUGCACAUAGAGAGAGAGGUGUGUUUGCUGAAGACUAUUGCUUCGCAAAUGUCCGUAACAGCUUCAGCCAGGCGGUGAGAGAAGUGCUGGAAAAGGCCAGUGAAUGGACCUGUCGAAGCGACGCCAUGCACAAC